UUCUUUAUUUUUAAUGAUUAAAUAAAACUUUGAUCUCAUUUUUACUUUUUCUUUAUAUACAUAAAAAAAUACGUAUACAGAAAGAUGUAGAAAAGAAGACAGCUUCACGCUUGAUAAUAUAUGGAAUAAAUAUACAAUAUAUAAUAUAGCAUGUAUACUUUACAAGUAGAUGCAACCAAGAAGAAAGCUUCAAGCUUAUUGUUAGUUUUGGUAAUUCUAAAAGAUGCUCAUUAAUGUGGUAGCAGCGUAAAAGUUUUCUAUAUCUUAAUUUAACAUUUUAGUACAAAUCUUGCUUUUUGGUUGAACUACAGUACAAUAUAAAACUUAUUAAUGUUAAUCUACAUUGAAUUUUCUUUAUAAUACAAAUAGUUUGCAUUAAUUAUUGUAAUGAACUGUUAUUUUACUAUUGUUUAGUAAAAUAUGAAACAAAUGUUUUAACUACGUACUGCUCACAAUCUGUUAAAUGCAAAUUAGGAUUUAUGUGACGAGUUAAAUAUAUGAAUGUGUGUGUGUGUGUGUGUGUGUGUAUGUAUGUGGAGUACUUAAUACAUUAUUAUAUAUUAAUGGGUAAGCAGGUACAGAUUUAGAUGGAAGUCAAGAAAUUUAUGGUAAAAUUAUUAAAAUGGUUGAAAUAUACAAGAUAAAAGAAUAAAUAUAAUUUUAUUUUUGAAUUUUAAAUACCCUAUUAACAUGCGAUUAAUAUCGAGUCCACUGAUAUAAAGUAUUGUAAUUGUAAACUCUAAUUCUUCAUGGGAAUUAUUAGAGUUCAUAAAGUAGCACUAAUAAAUCCAUGUAGUUUAAUAAUCAUUUCAUACAUUGCUUAGCAUUUGCAAUUUUAUGUCAUGUUGAAAGAAAUUUUGAAAAGCAUUACUGUUAAGAUAGCAUUGACUAAUAAUUGUGAUUAUUUAAAAAAUUACAAUACUUUUCAUUAGUGGCAUCGAUAUGUAAAUCUAUUUAAAAAUCAUUAUUUAUUAUCAUCAUCAUUCAAUCAUCAUUUAUUAAUUCACAAAAAUAUCUAUCCUGUUAUCUCACAUAUGAUGUGACAUGUUUACUCGAUUUUUAUUGUGUAAUAAUAAUUACCCAGCGCACGCAAAGAUGUAUGACGUUGUAAAUAUGUGACAUACAUUUACUAUACAUGUGUAGAUGUAAAACUGGUUUGACUACCUUCUAGAUCAAGUCGGAUUAUUUUCAUCUAAAAUCAGUUAUUUAUCAGCAUUGAUUGGAGUUAAAAGUAGUGAAUGAUUUUAUCGCAAUAUGUAUAGCAAAUUUCGGAAAAUUCAAGAUAUCAGAUGGAACAUUCAGCGAACAGUAAGUUCUCUCGUUGCUUGUGUAAAACCCGAAUUGGUAGCUAUAGAAAAAGCUGGCACAUGGAAAAAUGAACGCAUAAUUGCUUCACCUCAACGAACGAGAAUUACAUUGUCGAACGGGAAAAAGGCGCUCAAUUUUUGCGCGAACAAUUAUUUGGGUCUAGCGGACAACAAGGAUGUUAUUAAUGCAGCAAAAAAUGCAUUAGAUAAAUAUGGCGCUGGUUUGAGUUCUGUGAGAUUUAUAUGCGGAACGCAGGAAAUACAUGUCGAAUUAGAAAAGAAAAUCGCUAUAUUUCACGGCAGAGAAGAUACAAUACUUUAUGCAUCCUGCUUUGAUGCGAAUGCUGGUGUUUUUGAAACUUUAUUGACUGCUGAUGACGCGGUGUUAAGUGACGAGCUAAAUCAUGCGUCUAUCAUCGACGGAAUACGAUUAUGUAAAGCAAAAAAAUAUAGAUACAAACAUCGAGAUAUGACAGAUUUGGAAAAUAAGCUUCAGGAAAGCAAGUCAGCACGUUUACGCCUUAUCGCAACCGAUGGUGUAUUUUCCAUGGACGGUACUGUUGCACCAUUGUCGAAAAUAAUCGAGCUUGCUAAAAAGUAUGACGCUAUCACAUUCGUAGACGAUUGCCAUGCUACUGGAUUUUUUGGCAAAACUGGCAGAGGUACGGAAGAGUAUUUUGGUCAUCUAGGAGGUAUUGACAUCAUCAAUUCUACGUUAGGAAAAGCUCUCGGAGGAGCAGCAGGUGGUUACACGACUAGUAAAAAAGAGAUUAUCAGUUUGCUAAGACAAAGAAGUAGACCGUAUCUGUUCUCAAAUUCAGUGCCUCCGCCUGUUGUUGCAUCGGCAAGUAAGGUGAUGGAUCUGAUAACGGACAGCACAAAGUUUUUGGAUCGUUUAGCAGGUAAUACUGAGCAUUUCAGAGAUGCGAUGACCAAGGCUGGUUUUACUAUCAGCGGCGAUAAUCAUCCUAUCUGUCCUGUUAUGUUGGGCGAUGCGAAAUUAGCAACAACAUUCGCAGAUAAAAUGAUGGAAAAAGGAAUUUACGUUAUUGGAUUUAGUUAUCCUGUAGUACCAAAGGAUAAAGCAAGAAUACGUGUUCAAAUUAGUGCAGCGCAUUCGACUGAAGACAUAAAUCAUGCCGUAAAUGCUUUCAUACAAAUCGGGAAAGAGUUUACAGUGAUUCCAUAAAGUCCUAUUAUAUCUUCAAUUAUGUGAAAGAAAUGUUGAAUAAUUUUGUU